UUUGAGAUUGUUCGUGUGGAGCUUGUGAGAGAAGAGAGGAAAGAAAAGGGGAGGAGGAGGGGGGAACAGAGAGAGAAAGAGAACAGGAGCUUGUGAAGAGAGAGAGAGAGAGAGAGAGGGAGGGAGCUGGAGGCUGCGAGGCUGGACUACCCGCUCAAACACUGCAGUCUUUUCUUUGGCUUCUCUGAGGAAACUGUCUUUCUCUUCUCCCUGCUUAUCUCUGCCUCUUUUUUUUUUUGUUGCUUCUUGGACAUGACCCCACUGGACACCUGGCUUUCUUUGCCACCGUAGAGAAAAGGAAAGGAAUGCUGUAGUGGAGAAAAGGGAGAGACGAGAAGAGGGGACACCAGCGCACACUUUGCCUCACUGAUGAGUGUCUGGAAAUUAAUUAACAGCCGCUGGCAGAGAGGGGGGAGCGCACAGAGGGGCUCAGAGUGAGGAGCAGGACGACAAUAAGAGGGCGAGUUGAUAGAUGUGUGAAGAGCAGGCUGAGGAAAGAGGCUGAGACACUUUUUCAGCGGCAAAAAGGACAAGUUAGGGAAAAGAAGCGAGGGUUAUCCAAAGAACGCUCUGCUCUCAUGCCUUAUUCAUCCUUUCAUGAUUCUUUUAAUUUGUCUUUUUCUCAUUCAUAACACCAUCCUUCCCUGUCAUUUAUUUUGCUUGUUAAGUUCUGUCCCUGCUUUCUUUUUUUCCUCGUGUCAGCAAAAGCACACCAGCCACAUGCUGAACAAUCAGCCGACACUUAGGACCACAGCGUAGCAAUUUUCAUUCUAAGCGGACGUUACGAGUAAGAAGGAGUUGAUUGGCUGAAGUAGGGGUGCUGUUCCCUCCCGGCUGAGGGCACCUGCUCAGGAAUUUCUCAUGAGACGAGGUAGGACGCUUCUGGAUCAUUUUAGCAACCCAAAGCAGCCGGAGCGGUCGAGUCGAAGCCCUCCAGUCUUUCUACCUGAUUGAACUGUUAAGAGAUGAAACUGCACACCAGCUUAUCUCUUCCAGCGUGACGCCUGUGUUUGAGCGAUUACGGGGAUGUGCAGAUGUGUGUGUGUGUGUUGGGAUUAUGCCCUAAAUACACAGAUAUACAGGUGUUGCAGCUGGAUUAUGCAAAGUCUCUUGCUCAAUAUAGUGGCACUGUAGGAUUAGGAGGAACUCUGAUCAAGUGAAUGGCGGCACAUUAUAUACCACAGAUGAACUCGGAUUAAGAGGGAUCUCGCGUAAUUAAAUCAGCCUCUCUAGGGAGUGAAAGGGGUCGUUAUCAUUUUGAGUUGAAGUGGAGUUAGGUUGAAAUAUCUCCAAAACCCGUCCCUCAGCCCUCAAUGGAAUAACUUCCGGUCCCUUGUUGUGGACUUUUCUCAAACCUGAAGUACUCAGAGUGACAAUCAAAGACUUUUUAAGACUCGUUCAGCUUCCAUAAUGAGACGCUCAAGCACAGACGAGACUCCGUACCGACGGAGUCCAUCUCUGGACAGCAAACCCGACACGCCGCCGUUCAGUUCCGGGUUUCACCGCUUCAGUGGGGAGUUUGAGUACAAGCGGCCACCAUUUGCGUUUGGCUUCCACACGACAAAGGGGCCACAGACGUCCAAGGGGCGCUAUUCACAGGGGAAGAAGUAUGUGGUGUUUUAUCUGGACCUCUCCUUCAUAUUCCUCCUAGAACUUCGGCGCUGCAGGAUGGCCGAGGGUUGCAUGAUGGCCCUGCGAUACGGAAUGGUCUUCUUCAACCUCCUCUUCUGGUUGGGAGGAUGUGGCAUACUGGGGGUGGGAGUCUGGCUCUCAGUGACCCAGGGAAACUUUGCCACCCUGUCAUCAUCCCUUCCCUCCCUGUCGGCAGCCAACCUGCUCAUCGCAGUGGGGACAAUCAUCAUGGUGAUUGGCUGUCUGGGCUGUGUGGGAGCUGUCAAGGAGAGCCGUCCUCUGCUGCUCACGUUCUUCAUCCUCCUCCUGCUCAUCUUCUUCCUGGAGAUUCUGUCCAUCAUGCUUUUCUUCAUCUACCAAGACGAGAUUGAUCACUACGCACAGAGGGAUCUGAAGAAGGGCCUCCAGCUGUUCGGCACAGAGGGCAAUGUGGGUUUGACCAACGCCUGGAUGAUCGUACAAACUGAUUUUCGAUGCUGUGGAGUCACCAACCACACAGACUGGUUUGAAGUGUACAAUGCCAGCCGUGUGCCGGACUCCUGCUGCCUGGAAUACAGCGACAACUGUGGCCUAGACAACCCAGGAACAUGGUGGACAGCG